CGCCGGACUAGAGAGGUUCAACCCAUACAGUGCAUGUGUGCACCAUCAGAUCAAGUUUGUUUGAGUCAGUUGUAAAGAAAAGAGCUUGCCGAAGUCAUGAUGCUGGUUUCUAGUAGGUUCCAGUGGCAUACGCUAGUACUUAGCUACUUACUGACUAGCUCUGCUGGUUGAAGUGUCAACAACCUUAUUCCUAAUGGCUGGUUUUGGUUUAUUGCUCAGAUGCUACACGGGGGCUCCGGUGUGAUGAUUAGCCAGUCCCAGCACUCUCGGGAGCUGCAGCAGCUCCAGCAGCAAGGCUGUGCUAUGGUGCCCAAGGAGCAGUUCCUGCAACUCCAACAUCAGCUACAGCAGGCCGAGAGGAGUCGUCAGCGGCUGCAGGAGGAGCUUGAAAAUAGACCCUCUGAAACAAACAUGCCACAGGGGAGCCAUGCUCAGCUGCUAAAGAUGAUGGAAGAACGUAUGAUGGAUGUUGAGCAGAAACUGAAGCUUGUGAAGAGGCUUCUCCAAGAUAAAGUGAACCAACUGAAAGAACAACUCUCCAAGAACACUAAAGCAGAUGAAAUGGUUAAGGAUCUCUAUGUUGAGAACGCACAAUUGCUGAAAGCUCUGGAGAUGACAGAACAGCGACAAAAAACUGCUGAGAAGAAAAACUACUUCUUAGAAGAGAAGAUUGCCAACCUCAGUAAAAUAGUAAAGAACCUGGCAUCGCCAUCUUUGAAUUCCACACCUCAACUAAGGUCAUAGCAAAGCCAUACGGAUAGUCAACAGCUCUCUUGCACUUUACUGAAAUGUUAAGAUUUCAACUUCUCUCCGUGCUGCCUUUUUGUAUUAUACAUGUUAGUUAAUCGAGAUCUCAAAAUAGUCUCAGAGGAGCAGCCGUGUUAGUCUGUAACUUUAAAAACAACGCGUAAUCUUGUGGCACCUUAGAGACUAACAAAAAAAAUAUAUAUCAUCCUGAGCUUCGGUGGGCAAAACCCACAUCUUCAGAUGAGAUGGUUUAAAGUUAAGACCGAAACUGAAAACUGCCAACAAACUCCUGGUCUUACAUUCCUAAACCACCUUCCUGCCCAGUUUAAAACUACCCUAUUCAGGGUUGUAGAAAAGACACAAAUCUGUGAUUCUAUGUAAAUUUAACUUGUGAGCCAGGUUUUGUUUUUAAAUAUAAACUCUCAAUGUAUUGUGAAUUCAUUUGGUAACUCGCAUCUAGAUUGAAAUCUAGGUACAAGGGGAACCUUUGCAAAUUAGGUCUCAGACUUUUGAAACAUUCUAAGCUUAUGUCUAAUACUUGAAAGCCUACACUCCACAUAUCAUCUGUGUCAUCUUUAGAUGUCAUUGUCAGAAUAAUCAUUAUUAGGAAACAGACUUCAUCUCUGUUAUGCUACAGACAGAUUUUGUACUUUCCUUAAAGCAGGGUGCUCCAACUGAGGCAGUAGGCUUCUAGCGCAUUUGAUCAAGGACAAUUUCUUGUUCAGCUUCCCUAGUGGUGAUUAAAACUUGGUAAAUAGAUUGUGCUGCCACCUAACUAAACCUAACAGGAGACGUGUCCCCUGUGGUGAGUGUGGCCAUGACUCUCAUAGCUCCUUUACAAAUACAUUAGGUGCCUUAAAUUCUCUCCCAGUGGAAGUAAGCUAGAUAAAACAGAGGCACGAUCGCCAAAAAAGUGCUAUGGCUUCUACUUGAACGUGGGUUUUUUUUACUGGACAAAGCACUGAAUAUACUUGCGGAAUAAUCUUGCAUUGGCAGGAGAAUGGAGAAGACGACCUAGAUAAACUCUUGUCUGUAAUAUCUGUGACACAGAUUCUGCAAUGGGGUCUCCUAACAUGGACCUCCAGUAGCCCUACCUAAUUCUGUUUGGCAUCAGUGAAACUCUGUACAGACAGGUCUCUGCUUGUGGAUCCUGCUACAGGAUCGGAGUGUUUGAUUGUAAGGAGUUACAUUUGAGGUCACCUCAGCAACUCAGGGAAUGAUAGCAUGAAAUAGCUUCUUGCACUACUGCAAAUAUGGAACUUAAUGUCUGUAUAUGAAGAUAACCACUCUUUCAAACUUUAAGAAAAUUUGUUUAUGAAAAGCAUGAUGAACCAAACUGUUAUCUAAUAUGACCAGAUAAAAAUAGACUGCAGGCAACAUGAUUUUUAAAGUGUCCACAAGGAUUUAGUACUGGUGAGAGGGGCCAGUUUGGCAGCAGUAGUGGGAUUCAGAGGAAAGGUUAAAAAGUUCAAACUGUAUGUAUUCCAACUAUUGUCUCUGAGACUGCCAACUAGGUGCCAGUUAUGGUAGCAUUUGGACUUGCCACUGAUCACUAGGAACUGAAAUGAGACUGCCAAUUUACUUGCCACUAGCCAGCCUGCAGAGAAUGACUUUCAGUUUAUACUAAGUUAGCCAGGUGGAGCACUGUCAAGGCUGUUAUGCCUACUACUGGGCGUAUGGAGGGAUUGGGGAAUAGAAACAUGGUUUGACCCUUCCUUGGACUGCCAGUCUGCUCAAUUCCUUUAUGCAGGCAGUAUUGUGACUGUUACAAGAAUUCCAGAGAGAUUGUUUUCUUCCUGUGUACGGGAAUGGAGCAUAAGGUCACAACGGAGAGCAAAUAAUCACCAUGAAUGCAUGUCUGACCAUAGAAAACUCCGUACUGUUUUCCUGUUGAAAGGAUGCAAUGAAUAUACAGGGUUUAUUUAAAAACAAAAAUCAGCUUGCAGUGUUUACCUUGAAGGUAUUUUGAAUAUACCCUUUCAAAGUUUUUUUUGGUUAGUUAUGUUAAAUUACAUAACUACACGGUGUAUAAUUACACAGUGGCACAGACCACUGUAGGACCUACAAAAAGCAAGAAAACCUUAAUUAGAAAUUGCUUUAACAACUGUACUGAUAUAUCUAUUUCUGCUUUCAAUCUUCCGUUUGGGUAAAUGACAACACAGUCUCUAGGGCUUGCGUAUAUCAUGUUUUCAUUGACUGCAGAAGCAAUGUUUUACCAUCACAAAUUACACUGAAAUAAAGUGAGGUUCCCUUUUUAAAUUCCAAGGACUGUAUAUAUUUGGCUUCGGCUAAUAUUGACCAAAUAGCUGGGUAAAUCACCCAUAUAAUAAAGUUUUGAUAUAUGGGCAGUUGGACUAAAAUGUGUGAUGACGAUAAGGAAAUUGAGCACACCUCUCUAAGACCAUCUCUGGCUCAGAAAAAUAAGCACUAUUUUGAAAAUGGCAGAGUAGUCACAAUUCACCUGGCUAUAGUUAUCCUAGAGAAAGGUGUUCGCCGGCACUUUUUAAUGUAAUUUAUUUUCCUAGACUAGACAUGGCCUAAUAUUUACAUACAUGGCAAACGGAGAGAUUUGAAUAUGGAAGUAGCAAUUGUCCUUAAACUGCUGAGUAAUUAAAUAAAACUUCAUAGGGAAGAUUUUUGUAAAAGGAUAGACUGCUAACGCAAAUUUUGACUUUCUGGCUCUUAUUUUCUAUUGGAUUUUUAAAAAAAGUUAAUUGGAACUUUCUAGAACAUAAUGUCAGAAAGGUAGAGGUAGGAUAAGUUUGCAGGGAUAGUGGAGAGGCAUAAGUGUACUGAGAUUGAGAAAUAAGGGGGGGAGAAACCAAUCCGCCCUUCCUUUCAUGGAUUUAGUUUCAAAUGCUAAUCCCAUUACUGAGAAGAGUUAAGAAGUGGGGCGCAAGAAGGGAGUUCAACCUCCCUUGUUCAGGCAAAACUGAAGGUGACAUCAUUUGAGAUCUGGGUGAACAAAAAGUGCUCAGAAGUGCCCUUUGAAACGGAACCUGCCAGCAGCGGCUUAGAGCAUCUGCUAGAAGGGCUUGCUUGAGAAACCACUCAGCGUACUUCCUCCUCAGCCGGCCUACAGGGGUGAAAUUGAGGAUCUGAACUCCGAUGCCUUAUCUUAGUGAAAUGUUUGUCCGAUUACUUGCAUACGCUUCCUUGCAUAGUGUGCAUUUGAGCCAUGAAAUAUUAGGCAUGUAUAGUCCCCAAUGCUUGAAAAUAAAGGUUGAAGCUUGUUUACACCCUAUAGGCCUUCUAAGUAUGCCAGUCUUCAACAGCAAACUAAUAUAAGAUCAACUAAACGUGAAGUACUGGGCCUACAGUCAAAACAAUGGCUACGUCUAGACUGGCCCCUAUUACGGAAUAGGGAUGCAAAGCAGGCAAGUCAGA